AUGACCUCAGGCACCCGAAAGAGGAAUAAUACAGGUGCAGAUAGAGAGGCUUACAGUCCGAGAAAAAAGCAAUUUGAUAACAAUAAUGAACUCCAGGUGAUGAGUGGUAGAUUCUUAUUGAGAGAUCAUCCGCAGACUAACAUGUACAGGAUUACCCUCCUGCCUUGGAAGAGUUUAAGAAAGCUGGAGACGUACGUAAGGAUGGCUGGGUAUCACAGCCAGCCCGCCUGCGUGUUAGGUCAUUCUGCUGCCGAUGUGAUAAGGAAGUUGGGAUUAGGGGUAUUUCCUGUGGCUUUUGUCACCAUGAGAAGUGCCCGGAGUGCUUUAUUGGGCAUGGCAGGAGUGCAAAGCAUGAUCGCUUUGAUUAGGCUGAACUCAAAGCUGGAGCAGUAA